UCCGCUAGCUGUCAGAGUAGAAUGUUUUCCUCCCAGUCCAUGGACCAAACUUAGCGCAGCGACAAGCGGCUAGCUUCGAAAAUGUAUCCAGAGGAGAACGGCAUACUGCGAACAUUCGGAGUUUUAAAGCAACAAAAAUGUCUAUAGCGAACUGUUUUCGGAAACUUGAGGUCUGUGAGUACGAACUUGGACACUACUGUCGAAACCACACUUAGGGUAACGUAUCAGCUGCUAAAGUUAACUACGGAGCUUUGUAAAGUUGGCACCGUCCUUCAAGAAGAUUAUUAUUUUUAGGAUUUGUACAUAUCAGUCAUGAAAAUGGCAUACUCGUAAGUAAGCAUUAACUAUGGUAGCUACUCUAACGACGGGUGUAGUGUAGAACCGGAGUAAAACAGGAUUUAAAGGAGCUGGGCGGGUAGCCCAGCUGCUCCGUUGCGAUGGGCAACCGCGGGAUGGAGGAUCUGAUCCCGCUGGUCAACCGGCUUCAAGAUGCCCUGAACAGCGUGGGCCAGAGCUGCAGCCUCUACCUGCCGCAGAUCGCUGUGGUGGGCGGCCAGAGCGCAGGCAAGAGCUCCGUGCUGGAAAACUUUGUGGGCAGAGACUUCCUUCCACGGGGUUCGGGAAUUGUCACUCGCAGACCUUUAAUCCUCCAGCUGCUUAGUGCUAACACUGAGUACGGUGAAUUUUUCCAUUGCAAGGGAAAGAAGUUCACAGACUUUGAGGAGAUCCGCAAAGAGAUCGAGGCAGAGACACGCAGACUCACAGGAUCCAAUAAAGGCAUCUCCCCUGUCCCCAUCAACCUACGGAUUUAUUCACCACACGUGCUGAACCUGACUCUUGUGGACCUGCCUGGCAUCACCAAGGUGCCUGUAGGCGACCAGCCGGCAGACAUAGAGUACCAGAUACGAGACAUGAUCAUGCAGUUCAUCUGUAAGGAAAACUGUCUCAUCCUGGCUGUCACGCCAGCUAACACUGACUUGGCCAACUCUGAUGCACUCAAACUGGCCAAAGAUGUUGACCCACAGGGCCAGCGCACAAUUGGUGUAAUCACUAAGCUGGACCUGAUGGAUGAAGGAACAGACGCCCGGAACAUUCUAGAGAACAGGUUGCUUCCCCUGCGCAGAGGUUACAUAGGGGUGGUGAACCGCAGUCAGAAGGACAUUGAUGGGAAAAAGGAUAUUAAGGCAGCCCUUCUUGCAGAGAAGAAGUUCUUUCUCUCCCACCCGGCCUACAAACACAUGGCUGAAAGCAUGGGCACCCCAUAUUUACAAAGAAUACUUAACCAGCAACUGACAAACCACAUCCGGGACACUCUGCCAGCCUUCCGUACUCAUCUGCAGGGCCAGCUUCAGGACUUGAAUAAAGAGGCUGAAAAAUGCAAACAGUUCAGUCCUGAUGACCCUGGACAGAGAACCAAGACACUGUUACAGUCAGUCAUUCUGGAAGUGUCUGUUUGUACUCAUUUGUUGUCUUUUAAAUUGUUGGUAUGUCAGGGUUUCUCCUGGUCUGUGUUUCUGUCUCCCAGGUCAGUUCAGCACUUGGCUGUGGACUUUGAGAAGCUAAUCGAGGGCUCGGGCGACAGAGUAGACACCGUUAAUCUGUCAGGAGGUGCCAGGAUCAACCGAAUCUUCCAUGAGCGUUUCCCCAAUGAACUGGUCAAGAUUGAGUUGGAUGAGAGAAAGCUGCGGCGGGAGAUCAACUAUGCCAUCAGGAACAUCCAUGGUGUUAGGACGGGUCUGUUCACUCCUGAUAUGGCCUUUGAAGCCAUAGUCAAAAAACAGAUAUCAAGGCUAAAAGGGCCGUGUAUUCAAUUUGUAGACACGGUCAGUCAAGAACUAAUCUCCACUGUGUACCAGUGUAUCAACAAGCUCAGUUCCUUUCCCAAACUGCAACAUGAGACCGAGAGAAUUGUAACCACUGAAAUACGAGAGCAAGAGAGCAAAUGCAAAGAUCAGAUCGUGUUGCUCAUUGACAUACAGCUUGCCUACAUAAAUACCAAACAUGAAGAUUUCAUUGGCUUCACUAAUGCCCAGCAGAUGUACAACCAAAGCAACAAGAAGACUGCUGCAGGGAUGGCAGGAAACCAUGGUGCGGCCCCUCCUUCCAGACUCGUAGUCAUACGCAAGGGCUGGCUGACCAUCAGCAACAUCGGCAUCAUGAAAGGUGGAGCCAAGGAGUACUGGUUUAUCCUCAGUGCAGAGAGCCUGUCCUGGUUCAAGGAUGAUGAGGAGAAGGAGAAGAAGUACAUGCUUCCUCUGGACAACCUGAAGCUCCGAGAUGUGGAGAAGGGCUUCAUGUCCAGCAAAUUUUCCUUUGCUAUCUUCAACACCGAGUUAAGGAACGUGUAUAAGGACUACAAAUGCCUGGAGUUGGCCUGUUACUCUCAGGAGGAGUUGGACAGCUGGAAGGCGUCUCUGCUACAGGCCGGAGUCUACCCUGAGAAAGUCACUGUGGACAGGCAGGGAAAUAGGGCUCCUGAAAACUUCACAGACCCCCAGCUGGAGCGUCAGGUGGAAACCAUUCGUAACCUGGUCGACUCCUACAUGAGCAUCAUCUAUAAGACCAUGAAGGACUUGAUGCCAAAGACCAUUAUGCACCACAUGAUCAACAGCGUGAAGGAGUUCAUUAGCUCUGAGCUCCUGGCCCAGCUCUACGCUCUGGGAGAAUGCUCAGUGCUGAUGGAUGAGUCACCGGAGCAGCAGCAGCACCGGGAGGAAGUGCUCCGCAAGCACGCUGCCCUGAAGGAGGCGCUCGCUGUCAUCGCAAAGUUCUCCACCUCCACCUGCACCACCCCUCUGCCUCCACCUGUAGACUCCUCCUGGAUACGGCCCUCCAGCCCGACACUCCCUAGAAACUCAGGGACCAGUGGCAAGCCAGCGGUUCGAGGCCAUGCCCCAUCUGUCCCUCGGGUGCAUGCUUACACUCCUUCCCCGAGCACUGAUGGCCUUCAGCCCAACCGUGCUCCACCUAGUGUGCCAAGGAGGCAUCCUCCAGCUAUCCCAAAGGUCAAAUAACAUCUCUGCUCAGAACUCCAUUACCCAUGAUCCUUCUAGCUGCUGCUCAGUGCUGCCCAGAGACACCCAUGACCUGUGUGAUGUGUAAUCCAGCUGAAGCACUACGCUGGGCUUCUCUCUGACUCCUCUGGGAGCUGCUGUCUGCAAAAUUCACUAAAUCUUGAGCCUGUUUUGUACAUAAUAUCAUCGGCCAUAAAUUGCGGAAUGUACUCCGCUGUCUGCAGACUCUUCCUCAAGUGUCUGAACUUUGUGUAAAUAGAAAUACUAUUUUUGAGUUAUUCUACUAAAAUAGAAUACACAUGCACUAUUUUCACUGUUGAAUAAACACAAACAGGUUUUAUUUUUUAAA